AUGGGCGAGCACGAGCCGAUGGUCUCGCAUGGCCGAGGAGGACAGGGAAACAUCGGCCACGACCCGACGCAAUACGUCGAUGGUGAGAUCGUUCGCGAGGGCAUGUACGGUGACCAAGGCGAUGGGGCUUACUCUGCCGGCCGCGGCGGCGUCGGCAACAUCGGCUCUCCCCACGUCCGCCCAACCUCCAAAGUACCACACGACGCCGAGAUGAUCCCAGAGCUGGCGAUGCGGAACUCCAGCGAUGAAGUGUACCACACUGGCCGCGGCGGCCAGGGAAACGUCCACCUAGAUGAAGCGCAGCGCAAGGAGAAGGAGCGGAAGAAGAAUCCCGCGCACGAGGGGUUGGCGGAUAAGUUGAAGCAUAAGCUGCUGGGGAAGAAGUAG